AACUUCCCUCAUUUCCAUCUAAGUCUCUUGAGCUUCCACACGUUUGUUUGAGCAUUCAAAAAAACCAUCGUUCAGUAUGAACACCAACGCUCGUCGAAGAGGUGCGAAAGUCGCACCAUCCCACUAUCCCCGCAUCGCAUUCCAUGGAUUACGUUUUGCGCAAUUGAUUUCGGCGACGAUUGUGGGAGGUAUUAUGGCAUACUUUAUGUAUUAUUUGCGAGCUGAGCGAAUUCCAAUCCCAUGGACUUUUAUUGUGCUGUUGUCGAUAUCACUUGCGACAGUCGCUGUCCUAAUUCUUACGAUCAUCCUCUAUAAUUUUACAUAUUUGUCGCCAAAAUUCAAUUGUUUGCUGAAUGGUACGGCGUCAAUUUUUUGGAUGUUGGGCUUUGCGUUGUUGAGUUGGAAUCUCAGUAAUACGUUGAAGAAGAGUUGUGAUUUGCAGACUUGGAGGAGUGGUGUAGCAAUCAGCGUCUGUAGGGAAUAUAAGGCUCUAUGGACAUUUACUUUGGUUGGGACAUUGUCUACAUUGGCGGCACUAGCUUUGGACAUUUGGACACACAGGAAGACUACAGAGAGAGGCGUUUAUGUUUUGCCUGAGGAUGAUAAGAAUGCGGCCAUGUUGAAGGAUAAGAAUGGUAAAAACAGUCAGACCAAAGGGUAUGAACCCAGUCGGGGAGGAGCUUUCGAAGAGGAAAUCGAUAUCGCUUACCACAAUCGAUAUGGUGAUAACGCAUUGGAGAGUGUGGGAUAUCAUGACAGAGUGCUUCACAAAUAGUUGGGUCGAGAAUACGAUGUAACGAAGAUGAUCAGAUAGGAAAGAGGUUGUGACCACUGCGCAACUUAUUUCAUGAAUACUAGGUGCUAAAUUGCAUAACUUUGGAAUGUAAUUCAUUUUUGUG